AUGGACGGCCAGCAGAAGCAGGAAAGGCAUGGCGUCCCCUCUAGCGGUCAUGGUCCUAUUUUGUACAUAGGACCCCGUCCGCACAUGCCUCAUUUCGCACACACCAAAACCCCGCUGCGGAUGUUAUCGAAGGAGAUCAUCUUGAUGAUAUGCCAGCAGCUCUGCGCCCACUGCAGAGACCGCUUCGCCUUCCACGACGCCAACCCCGCGACAAUUCGCGAGAAGCGGGCCCUCGCCUACUUCGCCCGAACGUGCAGGACGCUCUACAAGAUCGCCAACCCGGUAUUAUACCACUAUUUCGCGACGGGAAACUACUAUUCCCACCGCAUGCGCCCGGCGGACUGGAAACCGGAGGACGACAAGCUCGUGAGCUUCACCCACACCGUGCUCCGAUACCCGGACCUCGCCCAGCACGUGGUCUCGCUGCAAGUCACGCAGAGCUGGGUGCUGAAGCUCACCGACCUCAAAGUCCUGCCUGGCCUUUAUCACGCAAUCAAGGCCCGAGGUCUGGACCCUGACGAAUACAUGAAAUCCGUGCACGAUUGGAACGGGCCACUCAGGAUACCGUCGCGGUGGUGGAGCCCGCAACUCCGGACUCGAGAACUUGCUCACCAGCAGCUGCAAGAACUACUCAUCAUGGCGCUUCCCAGGCUCCAUACCCUGCUGGCCAGCCGGGAGUGGAUGGCGUACUUUGACAAACUCGCGCGCUUCAGGAUGAUGGGGAUGAAAUUGCCUCUCGAGGUGUUGUGCCUGCGCAACUCUAGCUCUGCCGGGCCGGAUCGGGUCCUCGGGCUCGCGGGCGACAUGCUACUCAUCGCCCCCAAGUUGCACACCCUUUUCUCCGAGGGAUGCCUCGAUCAUGUCCGUGGCCGGGAGCGCAUCAGCUGGGAAGGGGGACCCUUUGCGUCGUUCAGGCUCCGCCACAUCAUGGAGAGCCCCGACUACGAAGAGCUGAUGGACGCGCUGGAACCGUCCCGCGUCGCUCUAAGGAAGGUGGCCCUCACAUGGGGCCGUAUCGAGUUCGAGCCAGAGAACGCGAGGCAGAAAACAAUGCCCCAUCCGAUCCGAAGUUUUCAAACUUUUAGCAACUUGCAUACGCUCGUCAUAGACCAAGCUGCCUUGGCAAUGACGCGUUAUAGACGGCACCCGACGUGGUACGACAUGGCCACAUUUCUCCCAGCCACCAUCAACCAGCUGCACAUCCUCUUCAUCUACCAGUCAUUUGCAUGCGAAAUGCAAGAAUUGAGAGACGGGUCAGUGGACGAGUCGUAG